GCAGAGGGCGGGUCCAUGAGGAGGAGCCCGGGGCCUGCCGGGAGAUGCAGUGCUGUUGUCUCUCCACGGAGCAGAACUACAUUUCCUAGAAUCCUCGUCGAGGAGAGAGAGAGAGAGAGGAAAGGGAAGACUUUGCCUGCUCCCCCUCCGAUGCUGCCCACCGGCCUGCUGGUGCUCCGCCGCGCCUUCCGUUGGCCGUCGCUGUCCGCUGGGUACUCGGUGCUGAGCGGCUCGUCCAUGGAGAAGCCCGUGGAGGCAUCCAUCAGGGCAAAACUCAAGGAUGCCCUGGAGCCCAUCCACCUGGAAAUCAUCGACGACAGCCACAUGCACGAUGUGCCCCGUGGCUCCGAGACCCACUUCCGGGUGGUGGUGGCCAGCCGCCGCUUCGAGGGCCUUUCGCUCAUCCACCGCCACCGCCUGGUGAACGACAUCCUCCAGGAAGAGCUGGCUGGCCCUGUCCACGCCCUCUCAAUCCAAGCGAAGACCCCCCAGCAGUGGGAGAAGAACCCCAAGAUCAUCCAGAGCCCCAAAUGCCUUGGGGGCUCCAAGCACGACCCCCAGAUGGCAGGGAAACUUCCGGGACUGAUGUAGGCCUCGCUGGAGUGUGGGGAGCCGGUCUCGAGGACCGGAGCUGGGCCCUUUUGGCCAAGCCACCGAGCUUCGCAUCUGGAGCGAAAAUAAGUGCCCCAUGCUCCAAUUCACCGCCAUUGGCACUUUGCUCGGUUCCCCAGACGUGUGGGUUGCUCUUUCCUUAAAAAGCAAAAGGAGAUUGUUGUGCAUGCAUUUUGAGGGUUUCAUUUCUGCCGAUUCUGUAGAGGGGAGAAUCUUGGGUUUCUUGAGAACAACGGUUUUGCCUGUUUUGUGUUUAAGUGAAUGAAAUUCUCUGUUCUGAA